GAAUCGCCAAACACAACCCAUUACUAUGUCAGCUCCUCAAUGAAGUGAUUCUUUCCCCGGAUGACGACACAUUUUCCCCUUGGGCCUGGAGCCAGGAGAAGGUCUUCAUCUGGAGAACCUGUCCCUCAAGCCUAAAAAAAACAUCUAGAUGUUUAUUCUGUCAGUAGUUCCGGCCAAGAUGUAGAAACCGGACGAAAUUUUGAUCGUCAACAUGGGGAAAAGUGAGAAGAAGGGAAAGAAGGGAACCAAGAAAAAGAAGGAGGGAAAAAAAUCUAAGGAAGAUAAGAUGACUUUUGGAGAAGCUCUUUUGGCUUAUCAAAUUCAGAUGAAGGAGAGCCGGAUAGAAGAGCUGCUGACCGAGCUGAAACAAGUGGAAGAGAAGAAUGGGAGAUAUAAGGAAAGGAACGAGCGCUUAAAAGCCGAGCAGUCCGUGCACGUAAAGGAGCUGCUGAGCGAGGCGAAAGACCAGGAGAAGGAACUGGAAAAGAAAGAAGUCGUCAACAGAGAACAAGUGGACGAGGCCAUAAAAGACAAGUGGGACUAUAUCCGCCAGAAGGAAAUUCUAUUCGAAGAGCUUCGCGGUGAGAUAAAUGGUCUGGAGCAGCAGAUCCUGUUAGCAGAAGCCGAGAAGGAUUACCGCCUGCAGUAUAAGAAUGUGGGGAGCUGGGAGCACGCCAAGCAGAUCCAUCACCUACAGGAAGAACUCCGCAACAUUAAACAGAACUUCACCGAGAUCGACGAAUAUUUUAAAAGAAGCCUGGAGAAGACCAAACAUGAGAUAGACUUAGACACAGAGAAGAAAAUGGAUCACACCAGAGAGAUGGCAACUCAGGACGCAGUGAAGCAUAUGGAUGAGGAGAGUCGGAAGGAGAUCAAAGAGAAGGAAUGGUUAAUGAAAGAGGUGGAUAUCUACAGAAAAGACAUCCACGAUCUAGAGGCGUCCGUCUGCAAAACAGAGCGAGAAAAUCUGCAAUUAAUAAAUCAUCUUUUUGAUUCCCGACUUCAGGAUCUAAAAAUAUCGAGGAACACGUUCUUGACUCAGAUGGCCGGCCUGGACCUCCCAGCAGAUGGAUCACUAGAAGACUUUGCAAACUUAGACCUGGACACAACCUCAGGUGAAGAUCAAGGACAUCGGAAGACGCUCACAGCUGAGGGGGGAGACAUCAUUUAUGAGACAGAUUCCUCCACAGCUCUCGAUCUGAGCCAUCUGCUACUCGAGGAGGAGAUGGGCUUCAAGGAGCAUGUACAUCUGGGUCCCCUGGAGCGGAAACUGUUAAGUGUUAUGGGACAAACCAAACCUAUACACAAGCAGAAUGCCGAGCCCAAGCUUUCAGAACAGUCCAGCGGCAGCAAACAGAGACUACAAUGGCCGCUGACACAGAGGAUGAUUAAAUCGGCCUUCCCGUAAUCAGCCAUAUGCAGGACUUCAUAAUAAAUAAUACCGCCAUCAUUCAUCAGACACAAGGAUACGAUGCAUUACAGCCAGGAUGACGGGCGCUGGGACAAUCACAGGAAGGUCUAUUAAAUCAACCCCCCAUUCCAACAUUGACGCCUGUACCAUGACUGUUUCCUGAGAUAGCCAUUGUCUGACGGCCUCCACAGAGUAAGCAUUUACCAGAUCACAUGACCCAUGUUGUAUUGGUAUUAGACACAUUUACAGAAUGCAUGGUUAUUUCAUCCAUUGCUGCUCCGUGUAGUAUAUAAUGCAGAAGGGAGCAACCACCUACCUUCCUGUCUAGGUGAUCAUCACAUGAGAUGUUGUGCAAUAAAAGCUCCUCCAUCUUUGUUUUUGGUGUGUGUCUAGGCACCAAGAAUACUUACAGCGGGUAGUUUUUUAGUU